GCCCCUCUAACAGACAGUGAGCUGAGUAGGAGAACAGUGAGGCUGCUGGGUAUCAACACCUGGGAUAUGGCUGCUGCUCUUACACAACUUGACUGGAACCUCUUCAACUACAUACACGAGGUAACACACACAAACUCACACACACACACACUGGAGGCGCUUUACUACACACACACACAAUACUCUAUUCCCCCCCCCCCCCAGCAGGAGUUGGUGUAUUCCACAAUGAGCUGUAGUACCGGAGACAGCCACCGGGAGGGGCUGUCUGUAUUACUGCAGCGCUGUAACGAGGUCCAGCAGUGGGUCAUGUCUGAGGUCCUGAUGUGUGUGUCGCUCAACAAACGAGUCCAGCUGCUCAAGAAGUUCAUCAAGAUCGCAGCGCAGUAAGAGAACACACACACACACUUCAGACACUCACACACAGAAUCAAACACACACACUUUAGAUACACUCUCUAACACACACACACACACACACACACACACAGACAGACACACACAGUCUUGUACAGCUGACCUUGUGGGGACACACAACUCAGUCCCAUUCAAAAUCCUAUUUUCCCUAACCCCUAACCCUAAACCUAACCCCUAACCCGUACUCUUACCCUAACCCUAACCCUAACCUUAACCCAAAAACCUAACCUUAACCCUAACCCUAAACCUAACCCCAGCUCCUAACCCUAAAACUAACCCUAGAUCCUAACCCUAACCCGUAACGUAAUUCUAACCCUAACACUAAUUCUAACCUUAACCCUAAACCCCCUAGAAAUAGCAUUUGACCUUGUGGGGACUAACAAAAUGUCCCCAGUUGGUCAAAUUUCUGUUUGUUUACUAUUCUCGUGGGGACUUCUGGUCCCCACAAGAAUAGUUAAACACAUCCACACACGCACACAUAUACACAGACACACACGGACACACACAGACACACACACAAACACUUAAAGUACCUUCAGAAAGUUUUCACACCCCUUGACUUUUUCCACAUUUUGUUGCGUUACAACCUGAAUUUAAAAUUUAAAAUAGCUGCCUGGUGGCUUUUCAGCAGCCUGAUGGUCUGGGGGUAAAUGCUAUUGCCCAGUCUGACAGUUUUUGCCAUGAUACUCCUAUACUUCUGAGUGAUGGAAGAGAGGAGAACAGGUCAUGGCUCGGGUGGCUGAGGUCCUUGAUGAUCUUCUUGGCCUUCCUGCGACACCUGGUGUUGUAGGUGUCCUGGAGGGCAGGCAGUGAGCACCCGAUGGUGCAUUCGGCUGAGCGUACCACCCUGUGUAGAGCCUUGCGGUCAGCGGCGGUGGAGUUGCCGUACCAGGCCGUGAAGCACCCCGACAGUAUGCUCUCGAUGGUGCUCCUGUAGAACACUGUGCCCUCGGGGCAUCUUGACGUUUUUGAACGUCUCCAUGGCGGCCCGUUGAUGAUGAUGAUGGGGGCGUGACCAGCCUGGUUCCUCCUGAAGUCCACAAUCAGCUCCUUUGUUUUGCUGACGUUGAGGGAGAGGUUGUUUACCUGGCACCAUGCCGUCAGACUGCCUACAUCCUCUCUGUAGGCCGUCUCAUCGUUGUUGGUAAUCAGGCCUUCUACUGUCGCGUCGUCAGCGAACUUGAUGAUGGAGUUGGAACUGUGUGAAGCCACCCAGUCGUCGGUAUACAAUGGGGGACUGAGGACGCACCCUUGUGGGGCUCCGUGUUGAGUAUCAGUGUGGAGGAGUUAAUGUUGCCUACCUCCACCACCUGGGGGCGUGCCGCCAGGAAGUCCAGGACCCAGUCGCAUAGGGAGUAGUUCAAUCCCAGGGUCGCAACCUUUUGAUGAGCUUAGAGGGCACUAUGGUAUUGAAGGCCAAUCUGUAGUCGAUGAACAGCAUCCUCACAUAUGCAUUCCUUUUGUCCAGGUGGGUGAGGGCAGCGUGCAGUGCAAUGGCGAUUGCGUCAUCCGUGGAUCUGUCAGGGCGGUAGGCGAAUUGGAGAGGGUGGAGUGUGUCGGGGAAGGAGGAGGUGAUGUGGUGUUUGACUAGCCUCUCGAAGCGCUUCAUGAUGACGGAAGUGAGUGCUACGGGUCGGUAGUCAUUCAGUUCAGUUACUUUCACCAUACUAACCUAAAUGACAGAGUGAAAAGAAGGAAGCCUGUACAGAAUAAAAGUAUUCCAUGCACCUGUUUGCAAUAAGGCACUAAAAAUAAAAUGUGGCAAAGAAAUUUACUUUAUGUCCUGAAUAAAAAGCGUUAAGUUUGGGGCAAAUCCAACACAACACAUCACUGAGUACCAAUCGUCAUAUUUUCAAGCAUGGUGGUGGCUGCAGGAUGUUAUGGGUAUGCUUGUAAUAGUUAAGGACUAGGGAGUUUUCCAGGAAAAAUAAAAUAAACUGAAUGGAGCUAAGCACAGGCAAAAUCCUAGAGGAAACCUGGUUCAGUCUGCUUUCCAACAGACACUGGGAGACAAAUUAACCUUUCAGCAGGACAAUAACCUAAAACAUAGGCCAAAUAAACACUGGAGUUGCUUACCAAGGCGACAUUGAAUUUUCUUGAGUGGCCUACUUACAAUUUUGACUGAAAUUGGUUUGAAAAUCUAUGGCAAGACUUGAAAACUUAGGGUGGGGGAAAUGGUGUUUGGCCAGAUACAAUGCUAUUUUACAUUAAAUAAAUUAACAACAGAUUUUCAGCAUGCUUAUAGGAAGGGCAUUCAACACGCACGGCACUUCCACAAAAGACUGAUGAUUGGCUGAGAGAAAUUGAUAGGCAAAACAGCUCCCACAACCUUUUUAUUAACAGAACACAGAGGGUGUUCUUUAAUGGAAGCCUCUCCAACAUAAUCCAGGUAGAAUCAGGAAUUCCCCAGGGCAGCUUUACUAAUGACCUGCCACUGGCUCUGAGUAAAGCCUGUGUGUCUAAGUAUGCAGAUGACUCAACACUAUACACGUCAGCUACUACAGCGAGUGAAAUCACUGCAAUACUUAACAAAGACCUGCAGUCAGUUUCAGAAUGUGUGGCAAGAAAUAUUUUAAAAAAAAAACUAAAAGCAUUGUAUUUGGGACAAAUCAUUCACUAAACCCUAAACCUAAAAUAAAUAUUGUAAUGAAUGAUGUGGAAAUUGAGCAAGUUGAGGAGACUAAACUGCUUGGAGUAAACCUGGACUGUAAACUGUUAUGGUCAAAACAUAUUGAUGCAACAGCAGCUAAGAUGGGGAGAGGUCUAUCCAUAAUAAAGCGCAGCUCUGCCUUCUUAACAACAAUAUCAAAAAGGCAGGUCCUACAGGCCCUAGUUUUGUCGCACCUGGACUACUGCCCAGUCGUGUGGUCAGGUGCCACAAAUAGGGACAUUACAACUGGCCCAGAACAGGGCAGCACGGCUGGCCCUUAAAUGUACACGUAGAGCUAACAUUAAUAUGUCAAUCUCUCAUGGCUCAAAGUAGAAGAGAGAUUGACUUCAUCACUACUUGUUUUUGUAAGAAGUGUUGACAAGCUGAAUGCACCGAGGUGUCUGUUUUUAAACUACUAGCACACAGCUCGGACACCCAUGCAUACCCCACAAGACAUGCCACCAGAGGUCUCUUCACAGACCCCAAGUCCAGAACAGACUAUAGGAGCCUCACAGUACUACAUAGAGCCAUGGCUCCACAUCAAGUAACUCACGCAAGUAGUAAAAUCAGAUUUAAAAGCGUAUAAAAAAUACACCUUAUGGAACAGUGAGGACUGUGAAGAGUCAUACACACAGGUACAAACACACACAUACAAACACACAUAACAUACACACUAUACACACACACAUACACCUGGAUUGUGUGUUGUAGUAGAGUAGUGUGAAAUCUGUUGUAAAAUGUAUUUUAAUGUUCAUAAGUCAUAAUUGUACUAUAAUGUAUGUUACUGCCUUAAUUUUUGCUGGACCCCAAGGAAGAGUAGAUGCUGCCUUGGCAGCAGCUAAUGAGGAUCUAUAAUAAAUACAAAUACAAAAUGGCUGUCUAGCAAUGAUCAACACCAAACUUGACAGAGCUUGAAGAAUUUUUAAACGAAUAAUGUGCAAAUAUUGUACAAUCCAGGUGUGCAAAGCUCUUAGAGAUUUACCCAGAAAGACUCAUCCAAAGUUGAUUCUAACUUAUUGAUUCAGGGGUGUGAAUACUUAUGUAAAUGAUAUAUAUCUGUAUUUCAUUUUCAUUAAAUUAGCAAACAUUUCUAAAAACAUGUUUUCAUUUUGUCUAUGGGGUAUUGUGUGUAGAUGGGUGAAAAAAUACAUAUUUAAUCCAUUUUAGAAUUCAGGCUGUAACAACAACAACAACAACAACAACAAAAUAUGGAAAAAUAUGAAUACUUUGUGAAGGCACUGUAUAAUUCCUGUUUUGUGUUGUUCAGUUGUAAGGCCCAGAGGAACCUGAACUCAGCAUUUGCCAUCAUCAUGGGACUCAACACUGCAGCCGUCAGCAGACUCAAUAUAACCUGGGAGGUAAGGGAGAGUGUGUGUGUACGUACGUGUGUGUGUGUGUGUGUGUGUGUGUGUGUGUGUGUGUGUGUGUGUGUGUGUGUGUGUGUGUGUGUGUGUGUGUGUGUGUGUGUGUGUGUACGUGUGUGUGUGUGUGUGUGUGUGUGUGUGUGUGUGUGUGUGUGUGUGUGUGUACGUGUGUGUGUGUGUGUGUGUACGUGUGUGUGUGUGUGUGUGUACGUGUGUGUGUGUGUGUGUGUACGUGUGUGUGUGUGUGUGUGUGUGUGUGUGUGUACGUGUGUGUGUACGUGUGUACUAUGACAGUUCUGACGGUGUGUAUCUGUUCUCUCCUUUUACUUUCAGAAAGUUCCGGGGAAAUUCAAGAAGAUCUUCUCUGAACUGGAGUUGAUCACAGUAAGACUCAUUCUCAUUGGUUUAAAGUAAUAUUCUUCAUGAUUGGUUGAUAAGCUGGUGGAAAAUACUUAAGAAGACUUAACAAAUUAAUUAACAAAUGUCAAGGCUGUUGGCAUAACAGCCUCUCAGUUCAAAUCCACAUUACCCUAAGCCUAACCUCUGACCUCUAACCCCUAACCUUACCCUGACUCCUAACCCUAACCUCUCCUCACUCUCUCCAGGACCCGUCUCUGAACCAUAAGGCCUACAGAGAUGCCUUCAAGAAGAUGAAACCUCCUAAGAUCCCCUUCAUGCCCCUGCUGUUGAAAGACAUCACCUUUAUCCACGAGGGAAACAAAACCUUUCACGACAACCUGGUCAACUUCCAGAAACUGGUGAGGCAGUUUACUUCCCCUUGUCAGUUCCCUCCCUCUGUAUUAUGUUCCACCAUUGGGUUGAGGGCAAUGCUACCAGUUAAAUAAAAGCCUAAUUGUAAUCAUACUGUUAAGACUUUGAAUUCCCGAGCCAACUCUGUGAAAAAUCUGUCGAUGUGCCCUUGAGCAAGGCACUUAACCCUAAUUGCUCCUGUAAGUCGCUCUGGAUAAGAGCAUCUGCUAAGUGACUAAAAUGUAAAAAUGUAAUGUGUGUGAACGUUUAUCUGUCUGUGUGUUAUAACCGUUACCCUGGUGACUGACUCUUGUAUUCCCCGCCCCCUCAGCACAUGAUCGCCGACAUAGUGCGUCUGAUUCGCCACUGCCAAAGCGACCAACUGGGUAUGUUGUGUGUGUGUGUGACUGUGUGAGUGUGUGUGUGUGUGUGUGUGUGUGUGUGUUAAUAUAUACUUGAUCUGUGUAUCUGUCUGUCUCCUAGGUAACGAGGUGGUGGGCAGCGACAGUCCGGAGGUCAGGGCGAGUGUUCACUACCUCCACAUCAUCGACAAUCAACAGACACUCUUCCAACUGUCACACAAACUGGAGCCACGCGCCUGA